GAGGAGGAGGGCAGCGACCAGACGGCCCUGCCUGGCCACCAGCUGGACGAAGAGGACGCCGACGUGCGGCUGUUGCUGAGCCGGAGGGGCGAGGCAGGGGCCGCGAAGGGCUCGACGGUGCGGCUUUUCGGCCGCGACUUCGACGUCUCAGCCCUCGAGUGGGACGCCAAGAGGGCGAUGCUCGCCGUCGCGGCCAUGGGUGGCAUGUGGGCCCUCGUGGGCCUCCUGGAGCGGCUGGACCGCCGGACGAGCAUCGGAGGAGAAACAUCGGCACAGACAUUCAGAGGAGGCAGGUGUAGUACCGAUGCCGCUGCUCGUUCUGGAGAUCGCCACGGCUGGAUUAUCCUGGAAGGUCUGGUCAGAACGCACCCCAGGAGAGGUCUGAGGAGCAGCGGUAUCGGUACCUUUCUUGCUGCCCCCAGACAUCGGCUCCGGGCAGGUAAGUGUGGCCCUUCGCCGGGGUGA